AACCUAUCGUGCAAGCCGUCACGGAAUACCCCGACUCGCUCAAAGGGCCCAUCCAGCGCCUUUGCACGCGCAUGGCCGGCGACCGAAACGAUGUAGACGCCCUCCAGCCGGUGCUGGACCGGCUGGCGCCGGCCCUCGAGAUCCUGGACGGCUUCCACCACCGCAACAAGAACCAGCACCGCCUGUCCAAGUGGUGGGCCCAGCUCGACAUGCUCAGGCGUGCCACGCGCAAGCUGGCCCUGGACCUGCAGGCCUCCAUCCGGGACCGGCCACCACCACUAUCGCAGGCCGCCAAGAGGCGGAAGAAGCUAAAGGCCGCCGCGGGUGGUGGCGGGGCGGACGAGAGGCUGGGCCUCCGGGCUGGCUAUUUGCGAGGCCAGCUUGUCCCGCGAGCGUAUCUCGCCUUCACCCAGCUCGCCGCCGACAACCAGUACGCCCAGCUCGGCCUGGCGCUGCUAGGUGUGCUGGCCCAGGUCGACCAGGCCGCAUCCAGCCUGGCGCCGGCGGCAAGAGAGACCGCCGCCGCCGCCGCCGCCACCGCCACGGGCUCGUCGACGGCGGCCCACUCAGCCGUUGGGCCCGGUGACGUGGCGGUCGUGGUGGCGGCUGGACGACGGGUCCGCCCCCCCGGCGCGUCGGAGGAGACGACCGACGUCGGCGUCGCGGUGUCUAGGACUGACGUCGCGCGGGGGGUGGACGCCGAGAGCAGCCUCUCGACAGGCGGCGCGCAUCAGGGAGCGGAAGGGGGCCGGGAUCCUCUCAUGCCACCACCGAGAAAUACUCGGCUCGGAGAGGAUCGCCGGCACGAGACCGCAGACCGAGAAGGGAAGGGAGCCUCCCCCCAGCCUGGGAAGCGAAAAGGGGACGAGUUCGACCAACUCUUUGGCCCGUUACAACCGAAGAGCUCGUCAAAGAAGAAGAAACGCAAGAAGAGGGACGAGUUUGACGACUUGUUUAGCUCGCUGUUAUAGAGAUGGAGGACUAGGAGGUGCGACUCUUGGGAGGGACCAAUCAGUGUUGUGGGAAACGGAUUAUUCGCAAUUGCUAACACUAAUACUAUCUUCUGACCGUCCCUAAAUCCGUAAUGGAGAGCUCUGUAUCGAUUUUUUUCUUCUUUUUUCUUUUUGCAUUUGGAGUUGUGGUUGGGAUACUGAUUCGAAAACAAAAAACAUUAAGACCCA